UUUUUUUUUUUUUAUUUUCAAACACGAUUCCCCACAUUUAUUUUUCUUAUUAUAACAGUAUAUCAAACUCUUCAUUAUUGUUAUUAAUAUUAUAUGGCUCCUUUUAUCAGCGCAGAUCUGAAGAUAUACGUUGGUACUGGUCAAGAUAAUCAAGUGGUUCUUGUUUCCCCAGCUUUAUGGACCGACUUACAAGGAGACACCAGUUACAAUGAUAAUAGUCAAGAUAGCAAAACAGUGUCCAUCAAAAUCCCAAGUCUUGUUGCUCCUACUCCUUUUACAUCCUCUCGAUCUGAACCAUUACUAGAAUCGUUUAUAGCUUAUGUUAAACCUCAUUCACAGGAUAUUGGUGAUGAACGAGUUGUUUAUGCUAGCUCUCAUUUGAUUAAGGCUGUGUAUGGACCCGACGCAUUAUCGAAAUUGAAUGAAGAAGAAGACAUGGAUGAUGAAGAAGGUGAUGUUAUGGAUUUACGCAAUUUGGAUUCUGUAUGUUCUAUACUGGUGGAACCUAUAUCUUUGAUUGAAUUGGAUGAACUCAUCAUCGGUGCUUUGGAUAGUGAUUCUUUUAAUCAUGCUCAACAAAAACAUGAAAGUCUCAUUCAGUUGAUCAAAGAAUCUCAGCCUGCUCUUAUUCUUCGAAGUGGCGGUAUAUAUCAUUUGGAUGGAUUUUCUUUUCAAGUUCUUAUGUCAAGUCCGGUUCAACAAGGUCAUAUUUUGUCUGAUCGUACCAAAAUCUAUAUUGUGGAUAUGCCAUCUUCUCCCUCGUCCACUGGUUACUCUACACCAAUGAAUGACUCUAUGACUCUAACAACGCCUUCUUUCCCUAUACUCAGUGGGUCAAUAACAUCAACAUCUAUUGCAACACUUGAAACAGCAGAACCUCAAGAAUUUACAGCACAUAUCCUCAAACAAAAAUGGCCAGAAGCACGAUUAUUCCCAACUCCUCAUCCUACUGAAGAUGAUGACAAUAGAGUGUUUAUUGAUGUGAAGGAUCUGGCAAAAUGUCAUGUAUUCAGCGGGGAUUGGGUAUUAGCAAGCGCAAAUGAUAGCAAGAAGUCUCGGUUAUGUCGUGUGUAUGGUAUUGAUGGCAACAACGUUGAUGAUGAUAAUGAUCAGAACGGCGUAUCAGCAAUCUACCUUCCUCCUGUACUUUAUUACAAUCUUGGAUUACCUCUACCACCUGCUAUUGACACAUCAUCAACAACAACAACAACAAUAUCAAGUGACAGCAAACUUACUGUAUGUCUCACCAGACUCACCAAACCUCCUCCAAAAGAUGGUCCCCCUCUUGCUACAGCAGUUAGUGUGGCUCGUAUUGCUUCCCCUUCGUUGAUGGACAAGUCAUUACAAUCGGCCUUUUUGCAAUCUCUCAAGCAAUGGUUUGAAAGUAAAGAACGGAUUGUAUGCAAAGGUGAUGUGAUUGCUAUUACAUUGGAUGAAGAACAAGUACGACUCAAACCUCACAACAAUGAUAAUGAAGAUGAAGAUGACGAUCUCAAGUUACACACCAAUAUUCAACGAAAACCGACAACAAUGGGAUAUUUCAAGGUGACAAACCUUACAAGCGAACAAGAAGUAUCUGAUGAUGACCAUUCGAUUCAUCCAGCCUUCUAUGGAAGUGGACGACGUAUUGAUCCUAGUCAAACACAAUUGGUACAAACGGGUGUUGAACAAUCAAGAGUUCCUAUUGGCUGUAUUUCUCAUUACUACGAUUUGGCGGAAAAAUUACCCUUAUAUCGAUCUACAACAGCAGCUCGUGCAUCUUUGAUGGAAUUAAUCACCUCUUCCUUACAUCCCUUGGGUCGUGAUUUUGAAGUAUCAUGUAAUGCUCUACUACAAGGUCCUAAAGGUGGGGGUAAAUCGACUCUGGUUCGUGAGGUGGUGGAAGAUCUUGGUGUACAUGUGUAUGAAUUCUCGGUAUAUGAUAUUAUAUCAGAUACGGAUGCGAAGACGGAACUUCAUCUUCGGGCAAAAUUUGAGAAAGCAUCCUCCUUGGCUCCUUGUGUUAUCUUGAUCCGUGGUAUUGAAGGUUUAGCUAAGAAAAGUGCUGUGGUGGAAACCGGUCAAGAACCUCUUUUGGCGACAGUAUUGCAAGAAUGUAUCAAAAAUGUCAAUCAAUCAACUAGUGGAUUUCCGGUCAUGGUAAUUGCUACUACAAGUGAUGUUGAUCAACUUCCAUCAAGUAUUCUUGGCUGUUUUCGACAUGAAGUAGUAAUCGAAGCUCCUGAUGAAAAGACUCGUUUACAAAUCUUGAAAAACUUAACUCAUGCUUGUCCUUUGGCUCCUGAUGUUUCCAUGUCAAAUUUGGCUACUCAAACAGCUGCCUUGGUGGCUAAAGAUUUAGCGGAUCUUGUAGCAAGAACAGGGGUAUUAGCUCUUCAGCGUAUUUAUCGUGCAACAUCGCAAGAUGAAGAUGACAUUGAGUCUGGCAAACAAUCUCUAGUGACAGUGAAUGAUAUCCGAGCUGCUGGUAUUACAUUGACAGCUGCUGAUUUUGAUGCUGCUUUAAGUGAAGCUCGUGCAAGUUAUUCUGACUCCAUUGGCGCACCAAAGAUUCCAAAUGUGACAUGGGAUGAUGUGGGUGGUCUAGCUAAUGUAAAGGAUGAUAUUCUAGAUACAAUUCAACUUCCUUUGGAACAUCCUGAAUUAUUUGGCUCUGGUUUGAAAAAACGAAGUGGUAUUCUUUUAUAUGGACCUCCUGGUACUGGCAAGACAUUACUGGCCAAAGCAAUUGCUACUUCUUGCUCUCUGAACUUUUUCUCUGUCAAGGGACCUGAAUUAUUGAAUAUGUAUAUUGGUGAAUCAGAAGCAAACGUACGACGAGUCUUCCAAAGGGCUAGAGAUGCCAAACCUUGUGUUAUUUUCUUUGACGAAUUGGAUUCGGUGGCACCAAAACGUGGCGAAAAAGGUGAUUCUGGUGGUGUGAUGGAUCGUAUUGUUAGUCAACUGCUUGCCGAAUUGGAUGGUAUGAGUGAAGGUGAUGGUGAAGGUGGUGCUGGUGAUGUCUUUGUGAUUGGUGCAACAAAUCGACCUGACCUAUUGGAUCCUGCUCUAUUACGUCCUGGAAGAUUUGACAAACUUCUUUAUCUUGGUGUUAGUCAAGAUCAUGAAUCUCAAUUACGUAUUAUCGAAGCCUUGACACGAAAAUUCCGACUUCAUCCUGAAUUAGACUUGGCGCGGGUCGCUGAAAAAUGUCCUUUCCAUUAUACUGGUGCUGAUUUCUAUGCUUUAUGUACGGAUGCAAUGCUCAAGGCAAUGACUCGGGUGGCACAAACUAUUGAAGAACGUGUCAAAACAAUCAACAAAGAACGUGAACAACCUAUUUCUUCUCAAUACUUUUUAUCUCAUAUGGCAACCCCUGAUGAUAUCAUGGUGCAAGUAGAAGAGGUGGAUUUUGUUCGUGCUCUAGAAGAAUUAGUGCCUAGUGUGUCAGCAACUGAAUUGGCUCAUUAUUCCAAAGUGCGUGAAAAGUUUGAAAAGGUACAAGAUGAAGAAGAAGAAAAACAAAAAGUCGAAGAAAGAGAAUUAUUGGAACAAAUCAAUCAACAAAAAAUCCAACCACCAAAGGAACAACCAAGUAAAAAAUCAAAAGGAAAAGGCAAGGCUCGAGCAUAGAUACAACACAAAAUUGGAAAUAGAUUAGAAUCAAUGGUAUAAGUUUUAAUAUAUACACAUAUAAUAAACUUGUAUUUAUAAAAGUUUUGGUUGAAA